AUGCAUAAAAUUACCCUCCUUCUCGCGGCCCUUUUUGGCUUCAUUCUCCUCCUCACCUCCGGUGCUUCCGCGAAGGAUCCGUGCUUCUUCGCACCCGGCUACGCUCCCCCCGUCCACGAGGCCAAAACAGCGCUCUCCAACUACCUCAGAAACUGCAACAACAACAACACCCCGCGUGUCCCCAUCAUGAAUGGAGGCCAGGAAACCUGGGGAUGCACCGAGGAUUUCGCCGUCUUUGAGAGAGCCGCCAUCCGCAUCUGCCCAUUCACCGACGCUCAGCAUAAGAAACCCAGGAUCCAGUGGACGUGUGACGAGAUCCGUUCUACGGGCGAGGCAUUGAUCCAGAAGUGUCAGAAGGAUGGGCUUGUAGCUGGAAAGAUGAGUUUCAGGGACCCGGUCAGAGGCGAAAUGAAGAUCACCUGGAACUAUCUGAAGCCAAUGCCACCACACUAA